GGUGUGUGAUGCAACGGAACAUCCGCAGCAAUUUGUGUCGGGCCGCGAACGGGGUACAGUUUUUCUCGCAAGUGUAAUUAUAUCGCUUAAACAUCGCUCAUCCCCAAUGCUGCCGAUUCGUACAAAUGUCAAAAUUCAUCUUGCGUUGUGAAAGGAUUGAACAGCGGCAGCGAAAGUGUUGGACAAGUUGAAGCGAAUCAUACCAACGGUUUGGUGGCCGUUCGAGCAGGCGAUUGGCAAGACGACAGUCACACUCCGGUAGGGAAGCGCGGUGGAGCUAUAUUCUUUCACGCUACUUCUCUUAUUUUCGGCCGAAGCAAAACGGGUGCGACCCCGAGCAAGAAGCGAGUAAAGUAAGCCGAGAUCGAUACCGGGCGAACGAAGGAAAUCGCGCGCAACCGGCACACUUUCGGAAGGGUUGUGUGGGAUUCCACCGUCACAAGCCACCCCAUCGCAUCACUGAAGUCACACCGAAGCAGCAGCGGUACCAGCUGAAACAGUUGUGCAAGUAGUAGUAGUAGUAGUAGUACUAGUGCUGAGUUCGCUGUAGUAAGAGGAAAACCGACCGUCACUAAUGAUAGGUCUCGGUGGCGCCGAUUGACGAGACUCGGCUCGCGUCCACCACGUCGAGAAAGGAAGGCUUUUCUCCCGGUGAGGCAUACGAAGCGGAAAAACGGUACGGCGAAAAAGGAGGCCGAAGAAAACAGAACAAAACUUAAUAAGGCAUCGAUUGCAAACAACGCUCCAACUGCACAAUCCAUUCAGACCGGGGUGGGAAAAGUGCAUAGCGCGAAGAAAACGCGAGUAUAUGCAAAAAUAGUGCACCAGUCUAAUCAAUCAAAGUGAUCGGGUGAAUGAGUGUGGCGUGUUGCGUGAAUAAAAGCGAGUGAGUGAAACAAAAGAAGAAGAAUUAAUAAGCCUUUCCGUUAUUUCGCUUCCGUCUUUCGCAUUGUUACCGUGGUAGGCAUGUGGAAAAUUAGCGUUUUCAAGUGCGACCGAUUCCAGCUCCAGUAAUUCACCAGUUCCUUUAAUGGUUGUGCAAAAGCUUUAACAAAAAAAGACACACACAAGACAACGUCCUGCAAGCAGGCCGAGAUAUUCAUCGUAGGAACCGUAGGGGGAAGCAAAUCAGCACAACCCCGCGCACACUGCGCAAGAGUCACACUAUCACGCUACCAAGUGUUCGGCCCCCCUCGGGCCGGUUGAUGCGUUUUGCGAGUGGAGAAGGGUCAGCAUAGUUCAAUUGGUACGGGCUACGAAUGACGGACAGUCCCAUCCGUUGAUGUUGAUCGUCACACAGCGACGGGAUCUUAUGAAUGUGGGUGCCUUUUUCACAAACAGCAAUAUUAGUGCAUCGCUAGAGUGUGUUUUAUGCGCGCUUCCUGCUUUUAUUGCUGACCGUCCGUGUGCCAAUGAGUGUGCUCCAUUUCUAUCGAGUAUUUUAAACACAUGUCUUCAUAGAAUUUAAAUAUGUUGCUCGCUCAUGAUUACAACAGUAGGCGCUCUUCGGUAGCAUCAUCCCAGUCUCGAAACAUUCGCAGCACUGUACUGAAAAAUAUGUUCAAAAAGAUAGCCCUCACGAGGUCAGCCAUGAAGAAGGUCGUCGUGGUAGGAUUUAUCAGCAUUCUGGGAAGCUUCCUGCUGUUGCUGUACUGGAACGACACGUCCGAAUCGCCCAAACCGUCGACAGCGAUGUCGAUGGGUAUCUACAAUACGCACAUUUAUGGAAGUUUGGCCAGCGCGACGCCUAACGGUGAUAACAUUCGUGCCAGUGCCAUCCCUGUAAAUCCCAUCGAACGUUCGUGGACGUACAAAUGCGUAAACAAUCGAUGCGUACGGCACCAUUUCGUGGACGGCGUUGCAGAGGACUUCGAAACGAGCAACAACGCACACCAGCCCCAAUCGCCCCAGCAGUCCCAUGGCGAUGUAGGACCCGGUGGUAGCAGCAGCACGAAUUCUGGCAGCUCAUCCGGCAAACGGAUACCCCACCUUACCUGUACGAUGACCUGCGGACCAAUCAAUAUCUGGCCCCAACCGACCGGUGCCACAACGAUCGGUAGCAAAACGUCGCGCUUUCGGCUGUCGGACAUGCACGUCAAGAUCGUGACCCGGUUCGAACAGGUCGAAAAGCUGCUGCACGAAGCGUACGACGUGAUGCGGGCCGAGAUCCGUGGUGUGAUGGUUGCGCAUGGUGCCAGUCUGGAGGAGAUCGAAGGUGCCCUACCAGCCAGUUCCGUUCCCGCAGGAAUGCAACCCCCGGCGACCGAACAACGUCCGGUGGCAACGGAAGUGAACGAUGCUGCCACCGCUGGAAGACGACCAAGCAGUACGGUUGAUGCUGGGGUGGGAAAGAUUCACUUCUUUAAGCUCGUUAGCGACAAACGGUACGAUGUGGAUGCGUUCGAGGUGAACAUUCACGUGGAAAAGUCAGCUGACACGCAUCUGACGCUACAUACGGACGAGAGCUACAAUAUGACGGUGACGCAUUCCGCUAGGGUGUUGAUCAUUAAAAUAUCUGCAAACACAUUCUUCGGCGCGAAGCAUGGACUCACAACGUUACAGCAGUUGAUCUGGUUCGACGACGAAGAGCGUACCCUGAAAGUAUUGAACAAGGCGUCCAUUGAGGAUGUGCCGAAAUUUAAUUACCGUGGCCUUAUGCUCGACACCUCCCGGCACUACUUCUCGGUGGACUCGAUCAAGCGUACGCUCGUCGGCAUGUCACACUCGAAGCUGAAUCGCUUCCACUGGCACAUUACAGACUCGCAGAGCUUCCCGCUAGUCUCCAAACACUAUCCGCAACUAGCGCGCUACGGGGCGUACUCCGAGCGUGAAGUAUACACACCGGACGAUGUACGUACCCUGGCAGCGUUUGCGAAAGUUCGCGGCAUUCAGAUCAUCCCGGAGAUCGAUGCUCCGGCCCACGCUGGCAAUGGAUGGGAUUGGGGUCCCAAGCACGGUCUCGGUGAGCUCAGUCUGUGCAUCAACCAGCAACCGUGGAGCAACUAUUGCGGUGAACCACCGUGUGGUCAGCUGAACCCUAAAAAUAACAACACCUACCUAAUUCUGCAGAAGCUGUACGAGGAGUUGCUGGAAAUUGUGGGUCCCCUGGAUUACUUUCACAUCGGCGGCGAUGAGGUGAACCUGGAAUGCUGGCAGCAACACUUUAACGACUCCGACAUGCGUACGCUGUGGUGUGAUUUUAUGCUUCAAGCGUACCACCGAUUACAGCUGGCCAGCGGUCAGAAUGCUACGGCUCCACGGAUGGUUGGUGUGUGGUCAAGCGGGCUCACUAGUGCGCCGUGUCUCUCGAAGAACACGUUCGCUGUGCAGGUGUGGGGUGGCAGCAAGUGGCCGGAAAAUUUCCAGCUCAUCAACAGCGGGUACAGCUUGGUCAUAUCGCAUGUAGACGCGUGGUAUCUGGACUGUGGCUUUGGCAGCUGGCGUUCGACAGGGGAAGGCGCUUGUUCCCCGUACCGUAACUGGCAGACGGUGUACAAACAUCGUCCGUGGGAAGAGAUGAAGCUAACUUCGCUCCAGAUGCGCCAGAUAUUGGGCGGCGAAGCGUGCCUGUGGACGGAACAGGUGGACGAAUCGAUAUUGGAUUCCCGUCUGUGGCCGCGUGCAUCCGCCCUUGCCGAACGGUUGUGGACUGACCCGACGGAGGAACGGUUCAGCGAAUCGGUGCCGCUCGAGGUGUACAAUCGGAUGUCGGUGUUCCGGAAUCAUCUACUCGAGCUAGGACUGCGGGCGGAACCGAUCUUCCCGAAAUACUGCGCACAGAAUCAGGACGAGUGUGUAUGAUAUUACGUGAACCCGUUCUACUAGAUUGUGAUCACGGUACGCUCGGUACAGCGCCGUCGUUAAUGGCAUUGUGGUUGUGAUACUUUGACAAAGGGCUUCUAAACGCUCCAACAGUACACCGGCACCGGAAUGGAGGGAAUGGUUGAUGAAUAGCCUUCGAAAUUAUCUCGUGCCGUAAACUGACCUUUUCUGACAAGUGUAGGGUAGGGUAUUUACGUACCGCUCGGUAAAGCAAAGCAAGCAAAAAUGGGAACAUAUAUUUAGUAAACGCUUGAAAUACAUGAUAUUACGAUGACCAACAAUCAUGGAAAGAUGUGCGCAUUACAUAUGCAUUCUUUUUGGGGUGAAUCGAGAGGCGUAUUUGUUUGUUGUUAGAUAUUUAUGAAAAGAAGCGCAAAGUCGUCCGAGAGAGCAGGCAAAGCAAAGUGAAAUGUAAUUGUACAUAGUUUGUAAAUGAUGAUUAGUGUACGGUAGAUACUUAUUUGCAGGUUUCAGUCUAGGCGCUAGCAAAAAGCAACAAAAAUAUAACCUACUGCACCCGUAGUGUUUAAUGAUGAUGAGCAUGAGAUUGAUAGUACACGAUCUGGCGCCGCACUUCUAGCAGAGCCAUCAUUAGUUUGGUACUCUUUCUUACACCUUAGGAAAAUAAAUCAUAAAUAGGAAAUUAGCUCACUUAUAAAAAGGCACACUCACCAAGAUUCAGUGAUGAAGGUUGUAUGUUCAAUAGCAAAUGAACACAUUAUUAAACGGAAACGGAUAAAACAAGCAGCGAUUGAUUUAUCAAUAUGAAAGGAAUCCUUUAGAAGAAACACGAGUUUCUAUAAUUAAUUGCUUUUGGUAUGCAUCCUUUCUGUCUUCAUACCUCAAACGCGAGUCCAGAACUGCGUAGGACAGAAUGAUCGGUAGAUAGAAGAAAGUAUUUGCUCGCAUGUACUUACAUGAUUCGAUACGAAUCGUAGAGAUAAAGGUAACGCCAUGUAACGCCAGGCGGUACGGUAUAAACCGUAAUCACAAUCAUGAACUCAUGCGCUAGAAUGCAUUUGGGAAAAAACAGGCCAAUAAGCAGCCAAUCGGAUCGUUCUAGUGCGCAUCGUUUUGGGCACGAAACAUGGCCCGCUAUAAAGAUCGAGCUUGUUUUUAACGUAAACGUAUGAUACGCGCAGUGCGAUCAAUUUCACUCAAACCCUCGAUAUACCUGUAGACGAUUUCGUAGACUUAAGUAUUUUUGUUUCACUGUCAUUCACAAACGUUGUGUUUGAGUAGUGUUUUGAGAUUAAAACCGAUAAAGAUAUCUAAUUCGUGUUAUUCCGUUUGUUGUUAGGCUAUUGUGCUAGGUUUUUUCUUCUGAAACAAACACACACUAGCCAUAUGAGAAAGGAAAGCUUCCGCGUGGUUUCGUUUUGCCAAACGUAAUAUUUAAAAUAUAAAAACGGCACACUCUUAAGUACACAAACAAGACAACCGCUCGUCCCGUAGCUAAGGUGCACUGUGUCAAGCAAGUAAAUUGAUGCUGGUUGAGGAAGUUAUCCGACGGCUAGCGCAAACACACCGAGCAGCGAAACUUGUUCAUUGUCCGACGACCAAAAUGCCUGAUAGUCUUGCAAGUCUUGCAUUUGUACAUAAACGCCACUCACUGCAUCCCACACCGAUUCGAAUCCAAACGUAAACAAUGUUCCAAGCAAUGAUGGCAAAAACAUGCUGUCCUUUCCCUUGAGCGGUUACUAUACGAAAUUUAAUUCAGAUAGACUUUUUUUAUACGAUAGUGUAGCAGCACCGGGAAAACCUUACGUGAUGUUACUAGGUGAAAUGAAAUAACAAAAACUACAACAAACAGUGGAAAAAAAAAGGAAAAAUCCGCUGCCACGUGCCCGGAGAGCCAUAAUGUCGUAGUUGAUAUUUAACGUAAGCAUGCAAAUCAAUCCACUGCACCCAUUCAAGCCGUCUUGGUUAGGAUUAGUUCGGUUACAGAAAAUUUAAAACCCUCAAAUUAUAAUCACAAAGCAAAUUAAUGUAACGUGUGAAAUCAAACCGGUAUUUUGUAAUGAGAGUACCACAAAAACAAAUUAUACACGAAUGACAAAAGCAUGUGUAAUCAACCUUUUGCAAUUACGUUUGCUUGUGCGCAAAAAUGUGUGAUUUUUGUGUUUUGUUUGUCGGUUUAUUUUUGUGGUUGUAAUUGUUGAUUUCAACUGUAUAUUCGCUUCAGUGAGAUAUAAAAGUACAAGUGAUAAAUCCGUAAAUAGUAGAUACAGGUUUUUUGCAAACUGCACUCUUGCUUCUGUUGAUGUCGACGGACAAAGCAAAGCUAUUUACAUGUUGUGAGAUAGAUGGUGGCUCUCUUUAUAUUAGUUCCGUUUGUCUCUUUAUUGGUAGCGUAAUAAAAGGAAAGA